CCCUCUGGACCGUGGUAUGUGUAAAAAGUGUGCUCCAUAAUGUUACACAACGUAUGGACUGGUGGUGUCGGGCUGGGUUGGAAGCUGUUGGAAGUUUCAGCACCCCUGUCAUGCCGUGUGAAGUAAAGCCUCGCUUCUUGCUGCUCUACGGUUCACAGCGUGGACAAGCCAAAUCAAUAGCUGAGGAAAUCAGUGACCAGUCCGUGGAACAUGGGUUUGUCGCUGAUAUCUGUUGCCUGAGCCAAGGAGAUAGGUAUAACUUGGAGAGGGAAACGGCGCCUGUCGUCGUCGUUGUGUCUACCACCGGGGACGGGGAUCCUCCAGACACUGCCAUUAAGUUUGUCAAAGGAAUAAAAACCAGGACUUUGCCAAGUGAUCACUUUGCCCAUCUGCGCUAUGCACUCUUAGCUUUGGGUGACACAAACUAUACAAAUUUCUGCAACUGUGGGAAAACUAUUGACAGUCGUCUUCAAGAACUGGGAGCAAAACAUUUCUAUGCAACAGGACAUGCAGAUGAUGGUGUUGGGUUGGAAUUAGUGGUGGAUCCAUGGAUUGAAGGACUGUGGGAGGCAGUAAAGAAAGCGUUAGCAGAAAUGUCAGCCUCAAACCAAGAAAGACCCGAGCGUGCCGCGGCUGUCCAGAACGGAGAACUCGGAAGUAGUCAUAAGGAGAACACAGAGGCUACAGUGAAAGACUUGAAAAUCCAACUCCUGAGGGUUAAUGAAGAGGAACAGAGUCCCGAAAGUCCCAGAACAGCGCCAGAAAGGGAGGGUGCAGGGAGUUCACCAGCUGCCUUGGAGCCUUCUCUGACACAUUCCCUGCCCCCUCUGUCAGAGUCCACACUGAAUGUCCCUGCACUUCCUCCUCCAUACAUUGGUGUCAAGCUUCUGGACAUCGCUACUGAGCAGAACAAUGAUCCACCUUCUAAUGGAAGCUUUCAUCAAGUGCAUAUUUCUAAAGCUGCUGAGCUCACUCGAGAGGAUGCGGUGAAAAGAGCCCUGUUGCUGGAAUUAGAUAUUUCAGAGCAGCAGAUCUCCUAUAAGCCUGGAGACUCCUUUGAUGUGCUCUGCCCAAACAAUGAGGAUGAGGUAGAGGCGCUUCUGCAGAGGUUGGGGUUGGAGGAGCAGAAGAACUUCACUGUUCAACUGCAGCUACGCACAGACACCAAGAAGAAGGCCGCACAGAUUCCCUCUUACAUCCCGGAGAGCAGCACACUGCAGUAUCUCCUGACCUGGUGUCUAGAGAUCAGGAGUGUCCCAAAAAAGGCUUUCCUCAGGGCCCUCGUGGACCACACGACAGACGCUGCGGAGAGGCGGCGCCUCCAGGAGCUGUGCAGCAAGCAGGGCUCUGCAGACUACAACCGCUUCGUGAGGGAUCCCAGCCUCUGCCUGCUGGAUCUGCUGCGCGCCUUCGCCUCCUGCUCGCCUCCUCUCAGCCUCCUCGUAGAACACUUACCAAAACUGCAGCCAAGAUCUUACUCCGCAGCAAGCUCCAGCCUCUGUCACCCUGGAAAGCUUCACUUCGUCUUCAACGUGGUGGAGUUCCCAGCAUGCCUUGAGCGGCCUGUGGCGAGAAGAGGGGUGUGUACGGGAUGGCUGUCGAACCUGGUGUCUCCUCUCCUUCAGCCCCGGGGGACAUCAGAGGGCCCUUCAGGGAGCGCCAGUGCCCCCUCCCUUCCAAAGGUGUUUGUGAGUCUCCGCCCGAACACCACGUUCCACCUGCCCUCGGACCCAGCAGUGCCCUUCAUUAUGGUGGGCCCAGGCACUGGAGUCUCCCCCUUUAUUGGCUUCCUCCAGCACAGGGAGAAGCAAAGGCAAGAAAAUCUUGAUUCUGUAUUUGGAGAGACCUGGUUAUUCUUCGGCUGCCGUCACAAAGAUCGAGAGUUCCUCUUCAGGGAAGAGUUGGAGGGCUUUGUUGCCAGUGGCACGCUGACCCAUCUGAAAGUGUGUUUCUCGCGAGACCGUCCGGCCGGCGCUGAACCCGAGCCCAAGUAUGUGCAGGACAACCUGCUGCUGCAUUCCCAGCGCGUUGCCGACAUCCUGCUGAAGAAAGGCGGCUGCUUUUAUGUUUGCGGGGACGCCAAGAACAUGGCGAAAGACGUGAACGACGCUCUGACAGAGAUAGUGGGGAAAGAGCUACAGGUGGACAAACUGGAGGCCAUGAAGACCCUGGCAGGACUGCGGGAGGAGAGACGUUAUUUGCAGGACAUAUGGAGCUGAUGCCGGUGCCGGCGACGCAUUGCAGCAAGACACUAAGCAACACCUUCUGGCAUUUUUAAAAUUGUUUUAGGGAUGCAUUCUUUUUUUUUGCAGUUGUUUUAAUUUGAAAUUGGCAAAGACUAUGCACACUAAAUUAUUGCCACUGUACCUUUUUACGUGUGUUCCAGUAUCUGCUGACUUUGGCUACAGGACGGAGAGAAGGAGGUUCGCCAAGGAACAACUAUUUGCCUUACUUUUGCACUUGGUUGUGCAUUCAUCUGUUUGGGUGGUGUGUUGGUGCCUUCCUGAAAUGUCUCCAUCCUGAUUCUUUUUUUUUUUUUUUAAGAAUCGUGAUAUAUAUUAUUUUGAGUAAUAGCAUCAAUAAUUCAUUACAAUGAUUGCAUUGAACUUAUUAAUGGAUUCAGAGUUGUUUAACCUAGAUUAAUGAUUUAGAUCCCUUGACCUCUCAAGUGCCCCUCUCACCACUCUGUUGCUCUUCAGAACGAAGGAAAAGACGAUCCUGGAAAAAUAAUCUGAAACUCUGUAUAACCAGAAAAUCAAUUCAGCUGUGUAAGACUCAUACAAAUGUGACAUCUGCUCACUUUCUGUAUGUUUUGAAAUGUAAAAUAUUGACUGGCUUUCAUAAAUCAUCUUUCAAAAGCAA